GCUUGCUAGCAGAAGUCAUUCUUUUUUUCUUUGCAAACGUUAUUAUUACGUACAGAUACAUUCUUGAUUUUCAGUUUGAAGUGAAUAUUCAUCAGGAUAAAGGCACAAAGCUGACGUCUAUAUUAAGAUAUAUGUACAGAUAUUUGUAAAGAAUCUAAAGAUUCCUCUCCCCCUGACAUGCCUGACACUCGCGUCGCGACAGUGUCAGUGACGUGCACGUGCACUAUGACUAUCACGACACGCCUUCGCCUUGUACAUGCAUGCAUAUAAAUUGUGUGUACUGUUGUAGUGUAGAUAGAACAUGUAGAAUGUAACGUACGACACGUGACGAUUUCGAAGAAGUUUGUUUUGGCACUGACCACUAGUAAUGCGUUUCACCUUGAACAAAGGAUCACUGUGUAACGGGCAUUGUCCGAAAUCAACUUAGGCCUUCUGACUUGUUCUGAGUGUCGUGUGCCCAUUUGAUUUGAUGUUUUGACGGUGAUUCGUCUUCUUCGAAAAGCCAAUUUUUUUAACUUGACCCUCAACUCAAACUGCUCAAGCCUUCGAUCAACUCCUCCAUCCUGGACUCCGUUACACCAUUGACACAAUACGCAGAUCUGCCUGAUCGGGAUGGCCUUCAAUAAGUUCAUGCACCCAAAAAAUCCAUAUCGCUCAAGGAAACCGGAUUUCAAAGAUCUAGCACUAAAAUAUGAGGAAUUCAGGAAGUACUCAACUCAAGAUACUGGAGGAAAGGUUCACCUAGAUUUCAAAGCGCCUGAAUGUCUUCGAGCAUUGAGCUGGGCAUUGCUGAAAAACGACUUUGAUAUAGACGUCGAUAUGCCUUUAGAAAGACUCAUACCUACCAUUCCUCUGAGAUUAAAUUAUAUUCUUUGGCUGAAGGAUAUAAUUGGAGAGAAAACUGAUGUCCACGGCAUUGAUAUUGGUUGCGGGGCUUCCUGUGUUUAUCCCUUGUUGGCCAGCAAAAUGUAUGGAUGGAAGAUGGUGACUACAGAAGUUGAUGACUUGAAUCUCACGUAUGCAAAACGGAAUGUUGAAAAGAAUGAAAUGGGGGAAAGUAUCAGAGUUGUGGAAGUAAAGGAGGGAUCGGGACUGUCGAACCUUCUUGAAACAGAAAACUGCAACUUUGACUUCUGUAUGUGUAAUCCACCGUUCUUCGAGAGUAAUAUUGAAGCAUAUGGUUUGACAUCGUCACGGAAACCAGAUCGUGCCGAGCCCAAGUCUGUGAGUACGGCAAGUGAGCAUGAGAGCAUUGUAGAAGGUGGGGAGGUGGCAUAUGUCCAGCAGAUGAUAACAGAUAGUCUACAGCUACGUAACCGAAUCAGAGUGUAUACUACUAUGUUGGGCAAGAAGAAAAGUGCUGGUGUUCUCAAAAAUGAACUACAAACUAAAAAGAUUAAAAAUGUGGCCAGCUACACAUUUUGUCAAGGGAGAACCAUGAGGUGGGGGCUGGCAUGGUCGUUUGAUGAGACAGUGAAGUUUCCAUCCUGUCCCUUCAGUACCCAGAAGAAGCCCCGUCCACAGCAGCCUCUAGUGUUCACAGUUAAACCUAGUAAAAUUGAAUGUACUGUUGAUAGGAUAGGUCAAGAGGUGAAAAAGAUAAUUGAGGAUCUCAAGAUUGAACAUACUGUUGUCAUGUCUAGUAGUGUAGUUUGGAGCGUUUCUGCAACUGCUCGGGAGAAUACCUGGAGUCAUUCACGGCGUAAAAGACGAGAAGAAGCAAGGAGACAAAGCGAGGGUGGUAAAUGUGCCAAAUUAGACAGUGGAGAAUCGGCUCACCUAGUUGUUGAUGAGGGGACCAGCAAGAGUGAGGGAAAAAGUGGAACUAAAAUUGACUCUGAAUUGGGUAAAUGUGCCGAAAAAAUGAAUUCUGAUUCUAGUAAUGAAGAGCCUAGUGGAGUUGCAGACAAUAUGGACAUUUCUGAAGUUGACAAUGAAGAUUCAAAUGAGGGAGAAAUCGAUAGAGACAAAAAGUUAUCAGAACAGGACAGUGUUGGCUCUGGGGUAUCAAGUGAGGCAAGGACUGGCAGUUUGGUUCCUAUGGUGGAUGAAACAGAGAAAACGUGUCCUGAUGAAUGGAUUGAAGAGGGAAAUGGUGCUGAUUUGGAAAAUGCAGCGACGUCUGCUAAAUGUGCUUUAGGGAAGAAGAAGGAAAGUAUGCCACUGUUUAAAUGUUGGGUUUCUGUCAGGAAAGAAAAACCAGGGAUAAUACUUGAGAUGAAGUGGAUGCGAGGAACUUCAAAGGAAGCCUUGCAUCAACUGUUUCAGUACUUCAAAAAUCAUUUCAGGUGAUAAGUCUCUUUAUUUUGUAUGGUCUUCAUUUUGUAUGCUCUUCAUUUUGCUUGUUCUGUUCAUGAUUAGUGAAAUCACGAUGGUAAUUAAACCAUUGCUGUUUGAAUGAAAUGGCCAGGGCCAUUGUGCUCACCUCAUGUGGAGGAAAGAUGGAUAAAGAGCAUGGUCUUGUGUCAUGUAGUGUUAGGUUUGAUGUAGGUCCAAGCAAUUACAAUUUCCCCAAAAUGGCCAAUUUACAGUACAUUCGACCUCUGUGACCUUGAAAAGUAGGUCAAAUCAAAGAAGACCCGGGUGACACAUUGAAUGGUUGUUAGAAUUAGAUGUACCUAUGAUAUAAAAUUGGUGCCAAUCGGGCAAGUCAUUACUAGGAAUAAUGGCAUUUUGAAGAAUUUAGGAUUUGGCCCCCUCCCUGGAGGCCAAACGGCAAAUCAGAUCGCACCAAACUUCGGUACCUGAGAUCACCUGACCAAGGGGUACAUGUGUACUUAAUUUGUGAUCAAUAGUCAUUGCAGUUAAGAAACGUGCCAUUGUUACGGCCUGACGGCGAAUUUACGCCAUUUGACCUCUGUGACCUUGACAAGAAGGUCAAAUUAAAAACC